UUCCCUGGCAACGCGACCAGGAAGUGGAAGCGCUAGGUGAGAGGGGCUGUGGAGUACGUCUCAUUGCGUCAAUAUAAUGAACUUACCGGCCAGGUGAUUUGGUAAUAGUUGAGCAGUUUAAUUAAGACGGCGUCAGUGCAAAACCUCUUCUGCGAACGGAGUAUGUACGCGCCGAUGAGAGCCAUCUCAGCUCCGGGUUCAUCCAGGCCGCAGCACGCGCUGGACAGCAGAGGUUCAGCAGAGAGCAGAAAGACUUUUGUUCCACUUUAUGACCACAACUGUUUCAUCCCAGAUGAAGUGCUGGCUAGCCUCUCCUCUACGGUUGGCAGCAGUAACACAGUGGGGCAGACUGCACACCUUCGCAAUUGCAAGGGUGCUGGAAUCAGACGACCAGAUGCUGUUUGGCAUCACUCACAUGGACGCAGGAAAUACAAAUACUUCCUGGAGCAGCCUACAUCCAUGACUGGAGCUGGCAGGGACAUUUCCUUCCUGUGUGAUGUGAUGGUGAAUCAGAAGAAAACAACACCCCUGCCACCGCUGAUUGACAGGAGUGGUAAAACCAUCGCACAGGAUUUGAGUGUCUCAAAGAGUCUGAUCCCAGAAGAAUACCACAUUGUGAAAAAUAAAGGGAUUCGAGCUCUGGAGUUUUACGAGGAUGCAUUCACAGUGCAGCUGAAGGAUGAACAGCAGAAUCUACGGAUGUUUCCAUCAAUGAGACCCAGCGGCAGACUGGAGGUGGUCCAGCUCAUGAAUAUAAUGGAUGACAUGCUGGAGAAAGCGGGAGUCAAUGAACAGACUGAGGAGCUGACUGAACUUUCUCAGAUGCAGGGUCUGCUGGAGCUGGUGAGGGCUGAACAGAAUAUCUACAAUGUUGUUUUUCAUGAACUGAUCAGGCAGGUCAGCGUGGACUGUGCUGAAAGAGGGCAGCUACUCGCUAAACUGAGGCAGCGCUACCAGUCCCUGCUGGAGCGAAUUCCACCUCAUCUGAAGGCUCUGCACACUGAGGUACUGGCUCAGCGGGCUCUGGAUCGCCGGCUCACUGAGGAGAUCUUGCAUAUCAAGACGACUAUCCAGCAGCUUGACACGGAGCUAACCAGGAUCAGAGACCAUGAUGCCUUCGUGACCCAGCAAGCAGAGCGUGCUAAGCAGAAGCUGGCUGAAGCACACGAUCAGACUCACACAAACUCAGAUGUGGUCCAAGGUUACCAUGAGUUGUACGAGCUCCAGAGGCAGCGCCUGGAAACUGAGCUCCUUCAGAUGACUGAGCAGCGAGACUGCUGGAGCCAGUUGACCUUCUGCCUUGCCCUCAAGGUGAUCAGUGUAAAGAAGCUGCAGCUGGUCAGCCGGCUGCAUGUCAGUGGGCAGAGCUGGUCCAAAAUAGCAGAGAACUACAGCGUCUUUAUCUCUUCAAAGGACACUGAGGACAUGAAUGUUAUCAUGGAGCUUGCUGACCAAUGGAAGGAACAAAUAACUGCUGUCAUUUCACAACUAAAGAAGACUGAGCAUGCUCAGUGGGAAGUGAUCACCACCAUCCAGCAAGGCGUCACUAAGUGGCUGACCUUCUGUUCCACGCACAAGAGUUCCAAUCCAACAUAUCAGAAAGAUUCAGAGAAAGAGAUUUACGCUGAAGUGAAGCAGUGGUCAAAAAUGUUGAUGCUCCAAUGUGAACGCUACAAAGGCGAGGAGCUGCUGUGCUGCCAGGAGACAUUGGAUGGACUUGGCCGUCUACAGGAGUCAUGGCUGGGUCUCAGCCUCCAGAUGUUCAGUAGACACCCGGCUCGAGACAGUGCACUUCCUGAAUGUCAGCAGGCCAUGAGUGAGCUGGAUGGGGUUAUAUCUGACCUCCACAAACGACUGGAUAUACUCGUCAGUGGAGAAAGUGGGAUCCACAGGCAGAUCAUGUCAAUGGUAAAAUUGAUGGACUCCUGGAUCGCCAAGCUUGGCGCUGUGAUUGGCCAGCCAUACAUUCUGCCUGCUUCUGAGUGGCUGAAGUUGGAGAAAGCUCUGAAUAAUCUGCAGAGACUGGCAGAAGAAAUGUUGCAAAAUGUCUUCAACAUACAGACAGAAGACAACAAUAUCAAAAACAAGCUCCAUCUUUUUUCAGAAAUAGACGAAGUGUUUGUGAGACUACAGGAACUCAUUAAGAAGCAGUCCAGCUUCUUUGACAGUGAGAACAAGAGGCUCCGUGAGGAGGUCAUUUCCAUUCACAUGGCUCAGAUACGCUGGAUGUUGGAACUGUUGGUCUUCAUGGUCCCUGACCACAGCUACAACCAGGGCCAGGAACAGGUUCAUCAUUUCUUCACAAAUGGUUCACUGCAUAAACUAGAGGAAGAUGCUAAGAAACUGGCUGGAAAACUGGACUACUUCUCCAGCUACCUCACCAGCUCUUGCUGGCUGAUUCUGGAGGUGCAGAUUCGGCAGAGACCAAAUCAAGAUGAGGCUGAACACAAGGUGGAUGAGUUCAGUAAGCUGCAGAGGGAGUGCAGCGAUUGGUUGGAGACAUGUGAGAUCCUACUUUCAGCAGUGAAAGCUGCUGCUGUGGAGCAGUGUGAUCAAAUAUUCAGCGACAAUAUUAUGAUCUCUCCAGCAGUGACCACCGACCUGCUGGUGAAUGAGAAGGUUUCAGCAGAGCCUGGAGUGGACAACGAAAUCAAAGAUGAGCCUGAGGCAGAACUCACAGAUGGGGCGUCAAUGGUUUGUGAGAGUCUGAUGCUGAAGCUGAUUGGCUAUGAUGGAAAUAUCACACACAAGAAUCUGGAAGAAACCAAAGUUCUUCUGAACAGGACUCGUGAGCCAGUCACAUAUCCAGCGACAGAUGAAGCAAGGAAAGCAUUGUGUGGUUUGGAAACAGUAAAAUUACUGCAGCAGCAACUCCAUGAUUCAGAGGUGCAGCUCCAGAGAGCUGAACAGCGAGCUCUGAAAAACGAAGAAGCCCUGCAGACAGCCCUGCAGAAGAUUCAAGAGCUGGAGAGACAACUGCAGAGCAGGUCAAGUCUGGAGCCGACAGACAAGAGUGAGGAAACACCACCUCCUUCCCCUCAAGCAGCACCAACUCCAGAAACUGAACCAACAAGCAACAACAAAACAGAUCAAAAAACACAGAUCUGAAGUCUGAUCAGGUCAAGACUUCUGCAUGUAUGCAGCUGUCCAGUCGACUGCUUAUAGAACUGCUGUGUUUUAUGUGUGAGUUAUCAAAGCAACUUCUCAACUGUGCUGCAUUACAGUGAUAUCACAAUAUCAGCAUCAAAAAGACUUUACUCUCUCAAACAGAAACAGGACUAAACAGGUGAAACAUUGAACAGUGAAGAGCAUCUAUCACGAUUGUUAUUUACAUACAGUAACAGUAUGCUGUGGUGUUGUUGAGGCUCAUAUAUUUCUGACUUCAUGUAAAAGUGACUUUUUAUUUUCCUCCUGUGUGACAGUUUAGUAGGGUUUGUGACAUUAAUUGAGAUUUAGAUCAGGAUUCAAGUUGAACAGUUUGGGU